ACAAUCAUUCAAUGUGUCAAAAUAAAAAAAAAUGAAGAGCGUCAAAUCGUCAAUAAAUAUUCCACGUUAUAACUAAAUAAUUUCUAAUUCAGCUUACAGAACACUUAAAAAUGCUAAAUCCACCAGUAUAGUGUGACAGUUUUACAUUGACUCUAUAAGUUUUUAUAGCGCGUGUGCCAGUGAGAUAUAACCAAAAAUGACAAGGUCGCCGAAGGAUGAUCCGCGAUACAAUGACAUGCAGCACAACGCUUGGAAUUACCGUACAGAAACAACUGAAAACUGUCCACCUGGUAUGUUAAAUGAAAGAAAACAAGUGCCGCUUUCCGCCAACACGCCUACAAUGAAUGAUAACAGUAUGUACGCUAACGGCGAUUUCACGAACGAUGUUUAUUUGAACAAGCAUCCUUACAACGUGCAGACGGGUGACACCGGGGCCAGCCAAGAUGAAAACAUUUUGCUUAACAACAUGCCUAAUGCCAACCGCGUUAACAAUCAGAAUUAUGGAACCGCCAUGAUUAAAUUAGCCAAUGGGCAAUAUGUCAGGUUAUUUUAUGACGAAAAUACUCAACAACUAUACUUCCCCAUGUCAGGACAGUACGAGUUAUUCAACCACAAUCAGGGGCUGCGUGAAAUGCCUCUGCAGGCUCCUCAGCAGCCCCCAAUAUUUACUCCAAACCAGGAAUACUCCAUCAACAAUAAUAAUGUUCAGAUGCAAAUACCAACCACUACCACUCACAAUAAUUACAUACAAGAAAACGCCAACAAUCAAGCUUCUACCAUACCUACCUCCAACUUCUUGAAGGAAGUUUUAGGAAACUGGGAGCCUAAUUCAUCUGGUACAUACUCUCCCUUUGGACAAAACUAUCCAUUGAACCAUCCUGAUGUGCCACCUAAUGUUCUUCCAAAAAAGCCAAUGGAAUCUCCAAUUAGUCAAAUAAAGCCUGAGAAUUCUCCAAAAAGAAAUGAAAACAGUCCUUUAGCAGACACAAGUAACAAAAAACGCAUUGUGGCUGAAGUGAAACCAAUGCGUCCAACAUAUUCUGAUGUGUUAGCUAAAAACAUGAAUAACACCCAACAAGACACUACUAAGGCUAAACCACAAAAUAAUAUAGAAAUUAAGACUUCCAACAACAAAAGCAGCUCCAAGCCUGAUAAACCAUCAAACCCAAAACAUACUGAUGAGAGUAAGCAAAAAGAGAAAAAACAGCAAUCAAACACUAUAUCUUCUGGCAGCGAGUCUGGAGAUAUAAAUAAUGAAGACCUUGAAAAGCGUCAAAAACCCAGUAAAAAAUCCAAGAAUAAGCGUAAUAAUAUAUCUCGUAAAUGGUCAUCUCUUGAGGACAUCACUAACGAAGAAGAUAUCAACUAUGCUGAAGGCAGUGAAAGUCAAUUUGUUUUUAUUGAAAACCAAGAAAAACCCAAGAAAGACAGGAAAGUUAAUGAUAGGGCUAAAAAUUCUGAUAAGAAUGCCACAGCAGAAGGUGAUUUUAGAGCUGAUGAUGAAGAAAAGUCUCAAUUUGUCUUUCAAGACAACCAGACUGACAGCGCCAAGGCUCGGAAGAAAAAAGAAGCUCGUAUUAACCAUAAAAUGGCAAAACCGGUACAGGAUAAAAAGAAAACCACCCAGGCAAAGUUUAAGAGGAACAAGCCUGGGUAUUUAGGCCUGGCUCAGAACUACCUGGAGCAUUGGGGAGAGGCUACCUGGAAGGCAAUUGUAUGGUUCUUCUACCUGCUGUCAGAUAUAUGUAGAAUGAGCACCCACUUGUUGUUUGAUCUUUGUACCUCGAUAUUCACGCAAACGUACGUGAGUUCCCAAGCGGUGUGGCGAAGCAGCAAAGAGUGGCUUUACAAGAUCGCCGGCAACAAGUACCUGGUCUACAUAGAUAGGAAAUUUGGACACACCAGAUUCGGCUUUUGGAGGAAAAUGAAAUGGUUCAAGAAAGACGCCGAGGUAGAUAGCAACGACUCGAGCAAGCUGAACUCCAAUAUACCACUACCGGCGACGGGCGAGGAGGCAAUGAAACGGUUGCUGGCUUGCAAGGGGAAAGAUCCGUACAGUAUAUUGGGCGUGAGCGUAACAUGCACGGACGAGGAGAUCAAGCGGUACUACCGGCGGCAGGCGUUCCUCGUGCACCCGGACAAGAACCAGCAGCCGGGCGCCGAGGAGGCCUUCAAGAUACUCCAACACGCGUUCGACCUUAUAGGAGAACCGGAACGUCGCGAAGCGUACGAAAGACGAGCGCUAGAAUCGCGCCACGUAGAGGCGGCGUGGAGCGAGCUUAGUCAGUUAUUAGCGCAAUUGCAGGACAAGAUGGAGUUUGCACACAACACCAUCAGAUGCACGAACUGCGGGCGGCGGCACAAGCGCGUGCUGACGGAGCGGCCGUGCUACGCGGCGCGCUACUGCGUGCAGUGCAAGAUACGCCACUCCGCUAAAGAGGGCGACAUCUGGGCGGAGUCGAGCAUGAUGGGGCUGCUCGUGAUGUACUACGCGUGCAUGGACGGCGCCGUCUACCAGAUCACGCAGUGGGCCAGUUGCCAGAAAAAGAACUUAAAGCAGUUAAGGCCCGACUGCCACGUGGUGCAGUACCGGAUCGUGCUGGGGAACAAGGCCGCCGCCGCCUCCGAUCUCAACCAGAGACCUUCCACUGGACAUGAUCCUAACCUGGAAGAGUUUCUAAACAAUCUAUACAGCAAGUCAGGAGUAUCUCCAAACACUACCGCUAAGCAGCCAACGCAAGAAAGUUCGGACGCUAAGAAGAGACGCAAUAAAAAACCCAAAGCUUAAACGAGGCUUUCGUAACUAUACCCUGCCCCAUAAAGAACCUCAAAAACAAUCCUCUCAACUGUCAAAACGACUGACGCGCACCAAAUUUCAAAAGUAGAACAACUUUUUAAAACAUCGUUAUAUAUCGCGUCAGUCGCUUCGACAAAAUGAAAAAUACCUGUGAAACAAUGCCUUUCAUAAAAUAAAUAUUGAUUUUUUUAAACAAAAUAUAAAACUCGCUUGGUUUUGAAAUAAUGUGACACUUGAAGGAUAUAAGUAAUAAGCAUUAGAGAUUGUUAUGUGUAAUUAAAUGUCGCUAAAGUACCUACUUAGGAUAGACGCGUAAGGGCAGCUACACACGUUACUCAGUUCCUAGGGAGAUUGACCUAUAUUAGCGCGUAUCGUGUGUAGAUAGCCUUACUUAAAUUUAAUCACUAAACUUUUGAGUUAAUCUAAUAACUGUAUAAAACCAUGUGUUUGAAUAUUUGAACGAGAUUGCUUUUACGAAGAAAAUUAACCAUGUAACGUUUCACUUUUCGGUUAGAACUGAUCUGAGGGCCUAACGCGAACCACGCUUCUCUGUCGCACUUGUGAAAUUGUACAUAAGUGUGACAGGGAGACAACACAUCGAACGUGGUUCGCGGUAGGCCGUCUGUACCUGUACACUUUCAUAUCUGAUAUCACAACAUACCAAGCACGAUCGCAUUUAACUUGAACAUAAAGCAUAAUACGAGUAUCCAAGCUAGUUUCUAUCGCAAGUUAUGUUAUAUCCGUAGCACCGAGAGAAUUUGAAAUAGAGGUGUAUUGUCAAAGUAAAUUUUGGAGCGGCGUAAAUUUACUGCCAUUUUGAUCCUUAUUCUUUCACUGAUAUGUGUUCAAUUUGUUAAAUACCAAAAAGUGGCGCCAUCUAAUAGAUCAAAGGCCAAAGGUAUAGCUGCAUCGAUUCGAGUGAUAGAUGGCGCCAUAAGCUCUAGGUAGUACCCGGUAAGAUGGCGCCACUUUUUGAUAUUUAACAAAUUGAACACAUAUCAGUGAAAGAAUAAGGAUCAAAGUCAAAUGGCGUUCUAAAUGUUUUAAUUAUGUGUCGAAAGAUGGCAGUCAAUUUCUACAAAGUUUUCUUUGACAAUACACCUCUAUUUUAAAUUCUCUUUGCUUAGCGGGCGAAGUGUAUACAGUAACGUGUAAACACUUAAUUUGUUAUGACAAUGAGAGUGUGCGUGCAGAUAAUUUUGAGCACAUUGGAGACAAACGCAUAACAUCACACGAUCGUGCUAGCCAGAAAAGCUUUAUUCUUUGCUUGAGCCUAGAAUGGAAAUAGUAUACAGAUUUCAAUAUAGCUUUUAACCUUUUAACCGCCGUAGACUGAAAUGUAAGAUAUACAAUAUCCAGCUCAUUUCGCCGCAGUCUGAUAAAUAAGACACAACUUCGUGUAACUUCGUACCGGCGGCGACGUGAGCACGCUCGUUGGAUAAUUCUAAGCGGUUAAAAGGUUGAAAAGCUCAUCAUACAAACUAAUAUCUGUAUGAUUCAUUUAUUAUCUUAACUAAUUGCAUACUUUAUUAAUUUGAUGUUUAAAAGAACAGUAAACCGUUGAAGGUAACGGGUUAUCAAUCAAAAACAUAUGAAGGAGGGUUGAUCAGUGUUUAAAGUUAUUUUUUUUUAUUUUACGCUUUAAAGUCAAAUGAUGUUUUCUAGCACUGUUGUCUCAUUUUGUGCGCUUGAUGUAUCAAUUGAGUUCUCUCCAGUGAUCUAAAGGUCAGUUAGUUCGUUAAAUAAUUGUUAUCGCUCUCAAUGAAACUUACUGAAUAGUACAAUUUUUGCAUUCAUAAUUUUAAUUAUUAUUUUAACAACUUAAUAUUCACGUUGUGUUGCAUAUUUUUUAUUAGACACGAAAAAUAACAAAGUUUUCGACAAUGUUAAGUGUCCCAUGUAUGUAGAAAUAUUAAAGUUUUGACUGAUGUUUAUAUAUAACACCGCGCUCCCCAUACACAAGAGAACUAGUAGGGACUGUCAGACCUUUGUAUAGUUCUUAUGAUGCAUUCACGCCGGGCGAACAAUUGUUGACCAAUAAAAAAGCAACUAUGUUUUAGAGCGAGAGAGCAAUUCUAUAGUCUGUUUAACAAAUCAUUUCCUAACGCUCCAAGGCCCAAAGGCUGGUCCCAAUGUGCCAAUCCUUAACGCUCCGUAGCCUAGCGUAGUUAUUUCUCUAUCACUCUUCCAUAUUAGUGCGGCAGCGACAGUUGCGUUUCGUUCGCUACAGCGCGCAAACGAUUGACAUGUUGACUACGCAACUAAUCUAUCUAUAGUUGGUGUAAGUUAAGAAGUAAAUUUUGACCCUUAUAAUUACGAAGCUAAGACCUACCGUUUAACUUUAGUGUCAUAUAUAUAAGGGUCAAUUCAUAAUUGUCAAAAUACUUACCCAGAAAGAUAAAGGACAAGGGUCUUCUUUAAAUUUUAUUGUAUUGAAGUUUCAUAGUUCACCGCCGAGUGACAUUGAUCAAUCCGCUAAAUGUGGUUUACGCUACUCGCCCUAAUUCAUAUUGCAAUAUCCAUUUGUGUUCAGUGGUGAUUGUUAGGUUAGAUGCAACAUAACAAGACUGCUAUUGGUUUGACACCGUUAGGCCGGUAUGUAGGCACCAUUACAUUGAGAUUACUUUAGACCGGCGAUACAUUGCUAGUUUGCAAUUUAGACCAUGAGAUUAGACGAUGAAACUCAUGGGGAUCGCUCGCUUAUUCUAGUCUCAUCAGUUCUGUGUGAUGAAAUUUGACCCAUAUCAUGAACGAACUAAGGUUCAAGAGGGACACAGAUUAUUUGAACUGCUGAGACUAGAAGGCUCGAUAAACGUCAAUGGUUACACUGCCUUCAGAGAUUACUACUGUUACGUUAGGCUAGAUCGCUGUCCUAGGUUCACUGUGCGUAGAUUUCGCCGCGCUUCAUGUGUCAAUAAAGAUGUGAAAACUAA